AUGCAUGUUAAGUGCGUCAUUACGGAUAACGACGAGGUUGGUAUAAGACCCAACGAGACGUAUCUAGUACUGGCAAACGAGAUUGGCGGAUCUUCAAACCUGAGUUUUUCAGAAAAUGAUGUCAGAAAUUACAUCACAAGAACACUCCGAUGUGCUGAUGACAAUGCGGACUUUAAGAAGAUGAUGAAUUAUUUUGUUCGAAUGAAAGAGAUCAAUCCCAACUUCUUUUAUGCAAUAGACGUUGACGAUGCUAAUAAGUUUAGGAGUGCACUCUGGGUAGAUGUAAGGUGCAGGGCUUCGUAUGAAUAUUACGGAGAUGUAGUGUCAUUCGACACCACUUACAGAAGAAACAUGCAUAGUCUACCGUUUGCAUCCUUUGUCGGUGUAAACUACCAUGGGAAGUCUACUCUUCUUGGUUGUGCUUUACUUGGGAGCGAGGAGAUCCCUAGUUUUGAGUGGGUGUUCAUGUAA